AUGGUAAAUCCAAAAGGUUAUCGUCGCGGUACGCGUCAUUUAUUUUCACGAGAUUUCAAGAAGAAUGGCCGUAUCCCUUUGGCUACCUAUAUGAAAAUCUACAAGCGUGGUGAUAUCGUUGACAUUAAAGGUAAUGGUGCUGUCCAAAAAGGUAUGCCACACAGAUUUUAUCAUGGUAAAACUGGUCGUGUUUUUAACGUAACUCGACAUGCCGUUGGUAUUAUCGUUAACAAACGUGUUCGACACCGUAUUAUUGCUAAACGAAUCAAUGUUCGUAUUGAACACAUUAAACAUUCAAAAUGUCGUACUGAUUUUCUUACUCGUGUCAAACUUAAUGAACAAUUGAAACGAGCAGCUAAAGAAUCAGGCAAACAUGUACCACUUUCUAGCAUUAAACGACAACCACUAGGUCCACGAAAACAACAUUUGGUUCGAACAGGAGGCAAUAAACCACAAAUCGUCGAACCAAUUCCAUAUCAAUUUGUAGCUUAA